UCAAAUGUUUGAUCGAAUUUGCACAAUGUCAGCCAAAAUCCAUUUCGUUCCAUAAUUUUUUGGCGGCAGGGGUACUGUACGACAUACCGGAAGUACCGCCAAGCACUCAUCCAGUGAAGAUUGCCAGUUCGAGUGAAGAGAGCAGAGCACGUGGAUCGGCGGAGAGAGAUUUACCAUGGCAGCAACUGUUAAUCAAGUGAGGUCGUCGCUUUCCAAAAUGUUUAAGAGUGAGCGGUACAGCCCCUUUACUCUGCAGUCAGACGGAGAGAGCCACGUGGAGGUGAAGCUGUCUGAUGACAUAGAUGACCACGCCCCCUCUGAGCAGGCAGGCCAACCAGGGGGCUCGCCCUCCUACAGGCCCCGCCCCAAGCGGAACUACCGCAUGUGUUAUCUGGCCCUUGGAAUCCUCUUUAUCUUCAUCAUCGGUUAUCUGAUUGGCUAUGUGAGCCAUCGUUCUCCUCUCCAGGAGCCAAUCUCUUGUGAUUCUGAACAGAAAGAGGGCGUGGCUAAGGCAGUGGCUAAGGCUAUAGUAAAAUACUCUCUAUCCUGGACCAACAUCACCAGCCUGCUGGCACGGAGACUGACUCCUGACGCCUUCAACAGCAGACUGAGUGAUGUUGAACAGACAGAUCACACAGCAGGGAGCACUGGAGACAACAUUCUGGGAAAUCAUGUGUUGGAAAGCUUUAAGAGACUGGAGAUGGAGCCCUGGACUGACACACACUAUGUCCAACUACAGAUGCCCAACAGUGAGAAGCCAAACCGUGUACUGAUUGGCCAAGAUGAGGUGUGCCAGCCUAAGGGCUAUCUGGCCUAUAGCGCCACAGGAAAAGCGAAGGGCAAGGCAGUGUAUGGUAACUAUGGGAGUCAGGAGGACUUGGCACUGCUACAGACUCUGAAGGUUGAGCUGAACGGCACCGUGAUUCUACUGAGAGCUUCAGGACAGAUCAGCCUGGCACAGCAGGUGGCUAAUGUAGCUGCAUUAGGGGUAUCUGCUGUGUUGAUUUACCCUGAACACAAGACUGAAACUACUGAACUAUAUGGGCAUGUCCAUCUAGGUUCUGGAGACCCCUAUACUCCAGGGUUCCCCUCCUUCAACCACACCCAGUUCCCUCCCACCCAGUCCUCUGGUCUGCCCAAUGUACUGGCCCAAAGCAUUACUGCUCAGACUGCUGUCAAGAUACUAAAACGUAUAGGUGGGCCUGAUUCUCCUCCCAGUUUUAAAGGAAAACUGGACAAUGUGAAGUACACCCUGGGAGGGGCCAGUAGUGAGGAUGUCACAGUGGAGGUGAACAACGUGCUGCAGGACACCGAGAUACACAACGUCUUUGGAGUCAUCAAGGGCUUCAUUGAGCCAGACCGGUACGUGGUACUGGGGGCUCAGAGGGAUGCGUGGGGUCCAGGCUACGCUAAAGCCACUGUCGGGACCACACUGCUGCUGGAGCUGGCUAGAGCUGUGUCUGAGAUGGUGCACACAGAUGGUUUCCGUCCCAGGAGGAGUCUGGUGUUUGCCAGUUGGAGUGCAGGAGAGUACGGCAGUGUUGGAGCUACAGAGUGGCUGGAGGGAUACCUCUCCUCUCUGGACAGAAGAGUUGUCACCUACAUCAGCCUGGACGGAGUAGUCACGGGAAAUUAUGCUGUGAAUGCAUCUGCUAGUCCCCUGCUCCACAGCCUUCUGGAAAGAACCAUGAAGGAGGUGAAGAAUCCCAUUGGUUUUGGAGAGUCUGGGAAGUCUCUGUAUGAUCAUGUGGCUGGAGUCAACUUUGAGAAGGCAGUGUUUAAGCCCAUGCAGAUGGAAGACUCUGCAUAUCCGUUCCUGGCCUUCUCUGGAAUCCCCUCUCUCUCCUUCCGCUUCGUCUCUCAGGAGGUCUACCCUCACUACGGCACCUCUUUUGACAACAAGGAAUACCUUGGUUUCGCCACCGCCCAUCACCUUGGUUCCAUAGCCACUGGGGCGGGAUUGGUCGCAGGUCAGCUGGCGUUACGACUGGUCCACGAUCACGUGCUGUAUCUCGAUGUGCUACGCUACAGGAAGGUUCUCAGCCAAUCGGUGGUCAACAUCAACCAGCGUCUCAAACAAGUCACCCGGGAUGGUUCUGCCGAGGGUCUGUCAGCUCGUUGGCUCAUCAUGGCCUUAGGGUCCUACAGUAGAGCUGCUACUGACCUCAACACCGAACUACUCAACACCGACCUCACUGACACACUGGCCUGCCACAACAUCAACGACCGCAUCAUGAGGGUGGAACACAACCUCCUCUCACCGUUUGUCUCCCCCAAGGAGGUUCCGUUCCGCCACCUGCUGUUUGGCCAUGGUUCCCACACCAUGGCAGCCAUGUUGGAGGGGGAGGACAGGGAGGCACUGCGGACCCAGCUGGCCCUGGCCACCUGGACGCUACAGGGCUGUGCCAACGCUCUCUCUGGAGACGUCUGGGACAGCGACAACCAGAUCUAACGCGGUCUAACUGUGUGUGUCAGGGGCUUCAGCCUCAUCCUUGUUCACUUUAAAACCCAUGAUUAGAUAACGAGGGAUUUGUCAGGGGUGAUUAUGUCAUAACGGUGACCAGGAAGUACUGUUUUCAAGUUGGUCCUUCCAGUGUCAGUCACUGGGUUGUCACUAUUUAUCACAGCCACAAAGUAAUUUGUCUUGUAAAAAUUCAUGAAAAGAACAUUUGCUUUUUAGUCUUAAUUUUAAGGUUAGGAUUAGGCAUAAUGUUAGCAGUGUGGUUAGGUUUAACAUCAGAUGUUAAGAA